AUGGAAAGGAGUAUCCAGAGCAUGGGUUGUACGACCAUCUUUCCUCAAAACCAAGAUGGCAGGCGAUUGCGACACCGCAGGAGUUUUUCUGUGGCAUCUGAACGCACCUUCAAACACGCCUUUGAACCGACCUUUGUUCCGACCCUGCGGCGCCGUGACAGUGUGGGGAGCGUGGGGAGUGUGAGCAGCGCAAACUUGGUGUGUGAGCAGAUCCUGAGUGUGUGUGACGUCUCACAUGUGCCCAUCAUUCUCUCCUCCCACCUGGGCAGCCCAGGGUGGACUAGACGGGCAGCUGCUGCAGAGAGGUUUGAUGCUUGUUCUGCAGGCAGUGGUGAUGGGUAUGCAACAGCCCUCCCUGCUGCACCCCAGCUGCCAAGGAGACCAGCAGCACCUGGAGGAAGUGCGUCUAGGAGGUUCCACUGCACCUCCAGCUGCCCUGAAAUUAAGGGCAUGCCAUUCGGCAUUGGACAGUGGCAAGCUUCACCAGCAGCAGCAGUAGCAGCAGCAGCAGGAGAGGUGGAAGAAACAUCAGCAACAGAAGAAGCAGCAGAUGAAGUGGAGGGAGGGAAGGAGGGGCAGGAGUCACUUGAGUCUCGCUUGAGGCGGUGGCAUGAGAGCAUGGGUGCUGCUACCUCUUCCCACUCCCUGCCCCAUGCCUCUCGCCACGCCUCCCGCCCUGCCUCUCGCCCCGCCUCCCCCUCGCCACCCCCCCCUGAAGGGCUCUUUGUUCCCGGCCUGCCCCACUGGACCAAGCGGUCGCUCCCUCGCUCGCUGCGCAUCUCCCGCUCGCUGCUCUCCUUUCAAGAGCGCGCGCUGCUGGAGCACCGCCAGGAAACCGCCCUCCUGCUGGGCAUGGCUGGUCGAAAGGACGGGGAAAACGAGCUAUGGAGUGAGAUUCGUGGUGAGAGCAACAAGGGGAGCAUUGAGGAGAGUAAUGAGAAGAGACAAGCGAGGAGAAGCGUGCGAGUGAAAAGUGAAAGCUCGCUGCUGUCAGCAGCAGCGGCGGCCGUGGCAGCACCAGUGUCCCCUGGAGAGUCGAUCCGGGCGGCGGUGGCAGUCUAUUCCGCGUCGAGAGAAUUCUGGCGGCCCCCCUCCACCCCCAAGCCUGUGAAGCAAGCCAAGGUGUGCCUCCCCAGGUACUCCCCCCCUGUGCCGCCCAUCGGCCUCGAGAAGCUGAUGGAGGGUGGGACUGGCGCAGGUGGGACUGGUGGGUUUGCUGGCUUUGCUGGGUUUGGUGGGCUUGGUGGGUGGGGGUUUGGUGCAGGCUGGUGGGGUGCGGUAGAGGGAGCGGGGGAGGCGGGGAAGGAGGGGAAGGAGGGGGCGAGUGAGGCUGGGUGGCUGGGUUUGGUGGAUGCGGCAAGGGAAAUGAUGUGGGAGGGAGGAGGGGAUGGAGGUGGGGAGGGGGUGAAGGAGGAGGAGAAUGAAGGGAUUUUGGGUGCACCUACAGGAAAGGAGGAUAUGGGAGACCAGGAAGAAGGGGGAGAGGCAGUGGAAGGAGAAGAGAAGGGGUUGACUGUAGAGGAGGAAAAACUUUUUGGUAAAGCGUGUGAGGGAGAUAGUGGGGGAAUCGCAGGAGAGGGAGGAGCAAUAGGGGGCGGGUGA